AUGGUUACUACGUCUUCACUUGUUCAGCUGGUGCUGUUGCCUGCUCUUGUUCUAGGUUCUUCGCUCGCGCCUCGGGCUAAGUCUUUUGACUAUGAUUCCCUUACUCUGCGAGAAGUUGGCGCUCGCAACACCCUUGAUUGGCGUGUGUGGCUAGAGAAGGAUGGUCAACCUAUUUCCUUCUGGCACGAUAUUCCGCUGUACCCUGAAAAGGGCAACAACCGCAUCGUGAGCUAUGUUGUUGAGAUUCCUCGAUGGACCGAUGGCAAGAUCGAGACCCGUCGCGACGAACCUCUAAAUCCUAUCUUCCACGACGACAAGAAGAAGAAGCCUCGUUUUGUCGAGAGUGUCUGGCCGCACAAGUCGUACCCGUUCCACUACGGAUCCAUCCCCCAGACUUGGGAGAGCCCCAACUUUGACCAUGAGUUUACUGGAUUUCCCGGUGACAAUGACCCUAUUGACUUAUUUGACAUCACUGAAGCCCCAUCGCACGUUGGUCAGGUCAAGUCUGUCAAGGUUCUAGGAGGACUUGCCCUCAACGAUGGCGGCGAGACUGAUUGGAAGGUCAUCGCCAUCGAUACCAAGGAUCCCCUUGCUGAUCUAGUCGACUCCGUCGAGGAUCUCGAAAAGUACCGCCCAGGUCUCGCCCAAACAUACUACAACUGGUUUACAUACUACAAAGUCGCUCGAGGUGACGACGUUCUUGAGAUCGUCGGCGGAGAAUACCAGAACGCCAAGUUCAUGGCCAAGACCAUCAAGAGCAGUCACGGCGACUGGGAAGAGCUUGUGCGUGGUAAGGUUGAUUCCAAUGAGAUCAACUACAACCAGACUAGCACCAAGAAGUACAAGAGCUACGUCAAGAGUAAGGAUGCUACCAAGAAGUUUGGUCUUCCUGCCAAGGCGAAUGUUCUUCCGGCUGCUGAGAGGCCAGCGAAGUACGAUCUGUGGUACUACCUGGACAGGGACUACAAGUUGAUCAAGCUUCCUGAGAACUAG